GUGUGCGCGUGUGCACACGCACACGCUCAUGGCGGGGGUGGAAUGCUGUCAUCGGUGAUGGCUGCGUUGCACUGGCCAAGUCACAGCAGGAAGAAGAUGAGCCUUAAGUCUGAACGCCGAGGAAUUCAUGUGGAUCAGUCAGAGCUGCUGUGCAAGAAAGGAUGUGGUUACUACGGCAACCCUGCUUGGCAAGGCUUCUGCUCCAAGUGCUGGAGGGAGGAGUACCAGAAAGCCAGGCAAAAGCAGAUCCAGGAGGAUUGGGAGCUGGCAGAGCGGCUUCAGCGGGAGGAGGAAGAGGCCUUUGCCAGCAGUCAGAGCAGCCAGGGAGCCCAAUCUCUCACAUUUUCUAAGUUUGAAGAAAAGAAAACCAACGAGAAGACCCGAAAGGUUACCACAGUGAAGAAAUUCUUCAGUGCUUCUUCCAGGGUCGGAUCUAAGAAGGCAGAAAUUCAGGAAGCAAAAGCUCCUAGUCCUUCCAUUAACCGGCAAACCAGCAUUGAAACGGAUAGAGUGUCUAAGGAGUUCAUAGAAUUUCUCAAGACCUUCCACAAGACAGGCCAAGAAAUCUAUAAACAGACCAAGAUGUUUUUGGAAACAAUGCAUUACAAAAGGGACCUAAGCAUUGAAGAACAGUCGGAGUGUACUCAGGACUUUUACCAGAGUGUAGCUGAGAAGAUGCAGACUCGCGGGAAAGUGCCUCCAGAAAAAGUUGAGAAGAUAAUGGAUCAGAUUGAAAAGUACAUCAUGACCCGUCUCUAUAAAUACGUAUUCUGUCCAGAAACUACUGAUGAUGAAAAGAAAGAUCUUGCCAUUCAAAAGAGGAUCAGAGCGCUGCACUGGGUCACACCUCAGAUGCUUUGUGUCCCUGUUAAUGAAGAAAUUCCAGAAGUUUCUGAUAUGGUGGUGAAAGCGAUCACAGACAUCAUCGAGAUGGACUCGAAGCGCGUGCCCCGAGACAAGCUGGCCUGUAUCACCAGGUGCAGCAAGCACAUCUUCAACGCCAUCAAGAUUACCAAGAAUGAGCCUGCAUCCGCAGACGACUUCCUGCCCACGCUCAUCUACAUUGUGCUGAAGGGCAACCCGCCCCGCCUGCAGUCCAACAUCCAGUACAUCACACGCUUCUGUAACCCGAGCCGGCUGAUGACCGGAGAGGAUGGCUACUACUUCACCAACCUGUGCUGUGCUGUGGCUUUCAUUGAAAAAUUGGAUGCCCAGUCUCUGAAUUUAAGCCAGGAGGAUUUUGAUCGCUACAUGUCUGGCCAGACCUCUCCCAGGAAGCAGGAACCUGAGAGCUGGUCCCCGGACGCCUGCCUGGGCGUUAAGCAGAUGUAUAAGAACUUAGAUCUCCUGUCUCAGUUGAAUGAACGGCAGGAAAGGAUCAUGAGUGAAGCUAAGAAACUUGAAAAAGACCUAAUAGAUUGGACAGAUGGAAUUGCAAAAGAGGUGCAAGACAUUGUUGAAAAAUACCCACUUGAAAUUAAGCCUGCAACCCAGCCAUUAGCAGCUAUAGACUCUGAAAAUGUUGAGAACGACAAACUUCCUCCACCAUUGCAACCACAAGUGUAUGCAGGAUGAUGGCACUUGAGGGAGAGUAUUUAUUUGAGCCUGACUUGUAGGUAGCCCUUACCACAUCCUCUGAUUGGGGUCUAGAACAUAACUUAAUUGCUUACAGACGUCAGAACAUUUUAAGGUACAGUCAGUGGGGGUUGUUUAGUUUGUUUUGUUUUCUUUAUUGUGUCAGGGGAAGCUUAGUAAAUAAUAAAAUACUAUUUAUUUGAGUUACUGAAACAGAUUCAUUUAAGGCUUAUGUAAAAAUUCUGUUUAAAUAUUUUUUUCCUCCAUGAUUUUCCUCUGAGGUAUUCACUAUUUAGUUUGGGGUAAAUAAUUGCCUUUUAAAGGAGAAAACAAAUCAAUGCCACAAAGUGUACGUUGAAGGGAAUCCAGUGUUGCCAGUGUUGCCACUGUUCCACAUUUUGAAAUAAUUUUGUAACUGUAAAGACAGAAGAUAUAUUGAUAAGUAAAUAUGUAAAAUUGUAAAUAUGUAAAAGAAAAAAAAUGGCAUCUCUUGUGCAUGGCA